AAAGCAUACCCACCAGUGCAAUAGUUUCGAAGUUGAACAAUUGAUACCAGAGAAAAUACUGUGGGAAAUACAAGUUAAACUGUAAAAAUGCCCGAUUAAUCUUAAACAGAUUUACAACAACCUGAUUUGAAGUUCGUGUUGUUUCGCAACGUUUUAGCUAAUUGCGAUCUUGAAUGACCCGCGUUUGUAUCGCAUUCUACCUUUCAAAGUCCAGGCUGUUCGGCUCAGACUUAGAAGUGAUCAUUCAGCUCUUGACUUGAUUAGGGAAAAAGAUGUCAGGAGCAACUUUUAUGCGAUUUGCUGCCCGGACUGUGCUAUCGGCACCUGCUUGUAAAGCCGUCAAGAUCCGAGGAUAUCAUCGACAAUACUUGACUACUUUCAGGAGCAAUACCUCAACUAUUAACGGUGGAAGAACUGCAUUCUUUCUCACCUUACCAGUACUAUCUUAUCUAGGCUUGGAAGCCUACAGGAGGGUGCAGAGUGCAACUGUGGUCCAUGCUCUGGAAAAAGCUGAAGAGGCUGUGGAACAAGCAGACUACCUGUACAGCUGUGGGGAGACAGAGAAACUCUACCAGCUUCUGCUACAGUAUAAGGACAGUGAUGAUGCGGAGUUCCUGUGGAGGCUGGCGCGGGCAUCUCGUGACCUCUCCCUCCUCGCUCACAUUGCUGCUGACGAGAAGAAGAGGCUGACCUUUGAGGCGUUUGAAUAUGCCAAGAAGGCCCUGGAGAAAAAUGAGGCCUGCUUCGCAGCACACAAAUGGUAUGCAGUGUGCCUCAGUGACAUAGGCGAUUACGAGGGGGUCAAAGUAAAAAUAGGAAAUUCUUACAUCAUUAAAGAACAUUUACAGAGGGCCAUCGAGCUAAAUCCAAAAGAUGCCACAUCUAUCCAUAUCUUGGGUUAUUGGUGUUUUGCCUUCGCUGAGUUGGCGUGGUAUCAACGUAAAGUGGCAGCCAUGAUCUUCGCCUCUCCUCCCACUGCCACAUACGAAGAGGCUUUGGCAUUCUUCCUGAAAGCUGAAGAAGUGGACCCAAACUUCUACAGUAAGAAUCUACUUAUGCUGGGGAAGUCCUACAUGGCAUUGAAGGACCAGGGGAAUGCUGUGCUCUGGCUGAGAAAGGCACGGGACUACCCCCCUCACACAGAGGAAGACAAGCAGGUCCAUAAAGAAACCCUUGACCUUCUGAAGAAGCUCAGUGCAUAAGAUGACCUAGUCACAUGGAGGCAAGAGUGCACUGUGUUGAUAAUAGGUGUAAUCUAUGUCUAUCUACUGUAUGUAUAUUUUUGUUCCUAACGCAAGAGUGUACAUAGGCUAUACUGUACGGCCUUAACAGGAAAUGAUACAUGCUUUUCUACUAACCUGUGUAUAGUGAUUUACAGAUGCUGUGAUUUAACUUUAAUUAAACUUUAUUUUAAUUUAA